AUGACUACUUCAAAUUCAAAACAGACCAAUAUGAGAUCAGUUACAAAAAAUACUUUGUUAAAAGUUGUGAUCCUGGGAGAUGGGGGUGUAGGAAAAAGUUGUUUAAUGAAUAGGUUUGUCUCUAACCAAUUUGAUGAACAUUCAUUUCAUACCAUUGGAGUAGAGUUUCUCAAUAAAGAUGUAGAUAUUGAUGGUGAAACUUAUACAUUGCAAAUAUGGGAUACAGCAGGUCAAGAAAGAUUCAAAACACUGAGAACUCCUUUUUAUAGAGGAAGUGAUAUUUGUAUGUUGACUUAUGGAGUAGAUGAUAAAUCAAGCUUUAAAAAUAUUCAAAUGUGGAAAAAUGAAUUUCUGUAUUAUGCAGACAUCAAGGAAGGCACUCAAUUUCCUUUUAUUGUCAUAGGAAAUAAGUCUGAUGUAGUUCCUGAAGAAAGGGAAGUACCACUGCUUGAAAUGGAGACAUGGUGUAAUGAUAAUUCUAUCACAUCAUAUAUAGAAACUUCUGCUAAAAAUGCCAGUAAUGUGCAGGAAGCAUUUAAAAUGGCAGUACAGCAUUGGUUGAGGCUUGAAUCAAGAGCAGAUAAAAAUGAUCCAGUCAUUGAUGAUACUGUAGACUUGACAAAGAAACAUUCUGACAGCAGAAGUUCAUGCUGCAUUGGGGCUGGAGAUGAGUAG